AUGAUAAAAAAAUAUGGGUUGGAGGAAAAUGAAUGGGUACUAAAUGAGUAUCAAAAGAGAAAAAGCUGGGCAAGCGCCUACUUGCGAGAUAAAUUUUGUGCUGGAUUUAGAACAACAUCAAGGUGUGAAGGGAUAAACAACUUCAUCAAGAGGUUUAUUGGCAUUCGUCAAAGUCUUUUAGAGCUAGUCCAGAAUCUUGAACAUGCUCUUAGGGAUUAUAGACACAACGAAUUAGUUUCUCAAUUUAAGACGGUGUACGGAGAGCCUGUGUUAACAACUCGCUUAGCUGCAUUGGAGCUUUGUGCUGCAAAUUUUUACACACGGGAGAUGUUUGGCAAAGUAAAAACAGAGAUCGAAGGAGUGGUUGCAUUAGAUGUUAUAAAUGAGGAAAAUAUAUCAACUACUGUUGUUUUAAAAGUUAAGGAGUAUGACAGAGGGCAACAUAUAUACACCGUACUUUAUGAGCGCAACACCGAGAAUAUGGAGUGUGAAUGUAGUAGGUGGAGUAGUGAAGGCAUUCCCUGUUGCCACAUGUUUUGUGCCAUGAAAAGGGUAUGUUUACAGAAGUUGCCAGAAAGUCUUCUUUUGAGAAGAUGGUCCAAGGAUGCCAAAAAGUAUAUGGACGAAAGUUCAGCUGGAAGCAUUGUGCAAGAUGGAGAAAGAGAAUUUUUAAUGCGCUAUGGCGCAUUGUCAGUGGCAGCUACGUGGAUGGUAUUCUUAGGAGCUCAAGAUGAUCCUUCUUUCCAUGACACUAUGAAUGAAGUCUCCCGUUUGACCAAAACACUAGAGCAAAAGUCAUGCUUGAAAAGAGGAAGAAGAGAUUCUCCCAUGCCGAACUUUGUUGGUGACCCUUCAGUUGUCAAGACAAAAGAUGCACCAAAGGGGAAAAAAGAGAGAGGAAAAUAG